AUGGGUUUUCACUCCACUUUGCCAAUCCGCCUCGAUAUCUUUCACCAUCACAACUGCCAUUAUCAGCCACCAUGCAUACAGGUUCCUCAGCCAUUUGACCGCCACCCCCCCCCCCUCUCCCCUCAGGGCGCAGUGUUCAUCGGCGUCAUCAUCGCCGGGGCGCUCGACGGGGGGACGCUGGUGAGGAAGCGCGCCGUCAGCCAGAUCUCCGAGAUCGAGUCCGAACUCCUGUCCACCAUCGGCCAGCUGGACACUCACGGGUGUAUCAUGAAGAUGCUGUGUAUCCUCCAGACGGAACCCCCGGAGACUCGCACGCCCGAGGAGAAUGUCCUGGUUGAACUCUUGUCUAACAGCGUCUUGACCUUCUCGAACGAGGUCAACGCGACGGUUCUUCAUCCGAGCGAGGAGGGAGGUGUUCCGAGCCACAGCGCUGAGGACUGUGAUGCGUUCUUCAGCAUGUGUGCUUAUGAGAAAGAGAUACUGAGAGGGCUUCUUCGCCAGGUCUUUAGCUGCGGGAUGCCCUCCUUGUAAAUAGAGAAGGGAAGAGAUGGAGGGGCGGAGAGAGGGAAGAGAGUAAAGGGAGGAAUACAGGUACAUGGGGGGAAAGCGAAAGACUAGCAGACGGAAGCAAUAUGACAGAAAGAGAGAGAGAGGGAGAGAGAGAGAGAGAGAGAGAGAGAGAGAGAGAGAGAGAGAGAGAGAGAGAGAGAGAGAGAGAGAGAGAGAGAGAGAGAGAAUUCGAGACAGAGAGACAGACUGACAGAUAGAUAGAAAACACAAUUCUGAAUCAUAUUUCGCAACAACUUUACAUUUUGUCAUCAUAUGAACACUCCUGAAAAUCAACUAAACCAAUAUCAUUUUAUUUCCUUCCUUUCACUGACACGUUAAUCAGUGAAUUAGCUCAACUUAGUAAGUUUACCAAUAUUAUUAAAAAUUAGUAUCAUUAUUGUUAGCAUUAUUAUUACCAUAAUUGUUAGUCAUAUAUCAUCAUCAUCAUUAUUUUUAUCACUAGUGUUGAUAUUGCUGUUACCAUAACUAUUAGCAUUAGCCUUGAAAUUGUUAUAGUCAUCAUAAUUACUGUUAUUCUU